AUGCAGGUGGAGGUCCCAAACUACGGGGCGGCCGAGGUGCUUCGUGUUGCUUCUGCAUGUAACUGCGAGCCAGACAAGGCCGUGCUUGAGGAUGAUGAGGUGCUCGUACACAACACCUACGCAGGCGUUAAUUUUAUUGACACCUACUUUCGCAAUGGUCUUUACAAAAAGCCCCAUCUGCCUUUUGUUCCAGGUGAAGAGGGCGCGGGAACUGUUGUGAAGAAGGGGGCAAAAGUGCUCUCUCCUGACGUUGGCCAACGUGUGGCCUACUAUGGUAGCGUAACUGGCUCCUACGCAACUUAUACCGUGGUAAAGGCUGCCAAUACGGAGGUGCUGCCAGCUGGCGUCGCCGACAAGACAGGUGCGGCGGUGAUGUGCCAAGGACUGACGGCGCACUACCUCACACACGACAGCUACCCCUGUGGACCUCAGUCACGAGUCCUCGUUCACGCCGCCGCAGGUGGUACAGGGUUGCUCGUGUGUCAAAUGGCCAAACUCCGCGGUGCGUUUGUUGUUGGCGUCUGCGGUGGGAGCGAGAAGGCGGAACUGGCGCGCAGCGUAGGUGGCGCGGACCAUGUUGUGGAUUACUUAGCCUUCCCAGAUUGGACAACGGAGGUGCGUAAGCUGUUGCCUGGUGGCUUUGACGCCGUCUACGAUGGCGUGGGAAAGGCAACGUUUGAAGGAAGCCUUUCCGUGUUGCGCCCGCGUGGGUACAUGAUUUCUUUUGGUAACGCAAGUGGCGCCGUUGAGGCGGUGACGCCGCUCCGGCUUAAAGACGCUGGAAGCGUGUACCUGCAGCGGCCAUUUCUCGGUGAUUACAUUCGUGACCCUGAGGAAAGGAAGAGACGCUUUUUGGAUUUGUGGAAUUGGCUCAGCUCCAACAGACUUCAGGUGAAAUACAGUCAGGAGUUCCCCCUGGCGAAAGCUGCCGAGGCGCACCAUUACCUGGAGAGCCGCAUGUCCACUGGCAAGGUCCUUCUCUCUUGCAGCUCCACAGAAGGUCAAUCGUCUCCACAUUGA